AUGAUUUCUGCCCAAGCGAAUACGAGGUUGGCCAAUGGAGCUCGAGCAGCACCACAUCAAGAUGGCGAGAGGGGCAGAUUGAAGCCGGAGGAAGGAGACGUGAUGCAGGACGGAGGCGAAGAAGGCAGCGCCGUGAUGGCGGUGGAAGACACGGCGGAGUUGCAGAUCGACGUGAGGAUGGACGUUGACGCGCUCCUCUGCCAGGCCUGCCUCCUCCCCCUCAAGCCCCCAAUUUUCAAGUGCGACGCGGCCGGGCACAUCCUGUGCAGCUACUGCCGCGGCGGCCACGGCCAGACCUGCAGCCGCGCCGACACCCACUGCGGCGAGCUGGACGCCGUGGUCAGCGCCGCCAAGAUUCUCUGCCCCUACGGGAAGUUCGGCUGCGAGCGCUACGUCGUUUUCCACGGCGCGGCGGAGCACCAACGCACGUGCCCGUGCGCGCCCUGCUCCUGCCCGGAGCCCGGCUGCGCGUUCCAGGGCUCACCGCCGGCGCUCCUCGACCACUUCGCCGCAGGCCACUCCCGCCCCGUCAUCGCCGUCCGGUACGGCCGCUCGUGGAGCCUCAGCCUGCCGCUGUCGCAGCGCUGGCACGUCAUCGUCGGGCAGGAGGACCGGAGCGUCUUCCUCGUCUGCCUGGGCGCGCUCGGCGCGGCGGCCACAGCGGUGUCGCUGGUGCACGUCAGGGCGGACGGCGGCGGCGCCGCGGCGACCAAGUUCUGGUGCAAGCUCUCCGUGGAGCGUCCCGGCGACGACAAGGACAGGCGAGUUCUCAUGGCCUCGAGGGUAAGCAGCAGCGCGCUGACCGGCGGCGCGCCGGCGCCCGACCAGGGCAUGUUCUUGGCGGUGCCCCAGGAGCUGCUGUCGGGCGACAUGGUCGCGCUCAGGAUCCGCAUUGAUCAGCUCUGA